GUCUUCCUUCCGACGUCACAUAUUCCUCAUUCUAGAACAGAUCGCUCUUCUAAUUCGGAGUACAUACAGUGUUUUCCCAAGCAAUUGGAGGCUAGUGGCUUAAUACCAACUCGGAGAUGCAACCUCAACCCCACCUGGCCCUAGGAUGGUGCUGGCAGAAGUCAGCACGAAGACGGAAUGCAGAGCAGGUGGGAAUGGCCUCCGAAGAAAUGCUCCAUACUAGGCUGUCUGGGCCUGGGCUAUUGAAGCGGUGGUCCCCAGCCGUCUCUCGGUCUCAUUUAUGUCUCGACAGGAUCGUCACCAUUUUGGUCACCAUCGUCCUCAUGCUGUCGAAUCAAGUUCCGAGUAUUUCUUGAUUACAUCCAGCAGUUGCACCAUUCCAACCACUGAAUAGUGCUGGUUGAUAGGGUGCGGGGAGGUUCGAAUGCUGCCUCUGCAUAGUCGUUGUUGGUCUUCUUC